AUGUCUAAGGUUAGCUCAACCUUGCUUUUGCUUCUUAUGAGUCUCUCCAUCUUGGUGGCCACAACCGAAGCAGCUCCAAAACCAAAAAAGCCUAAGAAAGUGAAGUGCAAAGACAAAUGGUAUCCAGAUUGUUUCAACAAGCACCUCUAUUGCCCUGAAGCUUGUCCAACCACCUGCUUUGUUGACUGCCGCACCUGCCAACCCCUUUGUACUCAGCCUCCACCCUCCCCGCCACCGCCCCCAACACGUCGUCCGCGCUCUCCUCCUCCUCCGGCCACCACUUCCUAUCCUCCACCACCACAACCAUUAUCUCCUCCUCCACCACCACAACCAUCAUUGCCUCUUCCUUCUCCUCCACCACCACCGAACCCCACUCCUCAGUCGCCUCUACCCCCUGCUCCUUUGCUGCCACCGCCACCUCCGUCGUCAGAGGCUGCCGGAGGAAAAAGAGUGAGAUGUAGGAACAAGAACUACCCUAGUUGCUAUGGCUUGGAACAUACUUGUCCUAGCGCUUGCCCUGAUCAAUGUGAGGUCGACUGUGUUACCUGUAGUCCUGUUUGUAAUUGCAAUAGGCCAGGUGCUGUGUGCCAAGAUCCACGCUUCAUCGGCGGCGACGGACUCACCUUUUACUUUCACGGCAAGAAAGACCAGGACUUUUGCUUAGUCUCCGACUCCAACCUCCACAUCAACGCCCACUUCAUCGGAAAACGAAACCCUAACAUGACCAGAGACUUCACCUGGGUCCAAUCCCUCGGAAUCCUCUACGACAACCACAAGAUCUUCAUUGGCGCCAAGAAGACCUCUGCAUGGAGCGACGCCGUGGAUCGUCUCUCCCUCGCCUUCGAUGGAGAGCCCCUCCUUCUCCCUACCGGUGCAGGAGCCACGUGGCAAUCUCGUGAGCCUUCGGUGGCUGUGUCAAGAAUCGAGGAUUCGAAUUCAGUUCAGAUUGAAGUGGAAGGGAACUUCAAGAUCAAAGCCACGGUGGUGCCGAUCACCGAGAAGGAGUCGCAGAUUCACCGGUAUGGGAUCACUGAGGAGGACUGCUUUGCCCAUCUUGACGUGAGCUUCAAAUUCUAUGCGUUGAGUGGGGAAGUGAAUGGAGUUCUGGGUCAGACUUAUGGGAAGAACUACGUGAGCCGAGUGAAGAUGGGAGUGGCCAUGCCGGUGCUCGGCGGCGAGAGAGAGUUCACCGCUUCAAGCUUGUUUGCAGUGGAUUGUGCGGCGGCGAGAUUUGAUGGGAAAGCAAAGAGUGGUUUUGAGGAGUUUGUGGGUAUGGAGUGUGGUAGUGGAAUGGGUGGUCGCGGUGUUGUGUGCAAAAAGUGA